UUUACCGUGCCAAAACCAAUUACUCCAUUCUCUCAACGAAUCUCAUCCGUUCUAAACCAUUUUCAGCACACCUCUCUCAAAUGCUGGAACUUCAUACAGCUCUCUCAUGUCGGUACUCUCUCACUUCCCAAGCUUCUUUUCCCUCGGUUCCAAUAAACCCUUUGCUGCUCCUCUUCCCUCAAGCAAAGCAGGUCACAGUAUUCACCACUUCUGCCAUCUCACCCACCGGCACCCCGCAAUUUUAGCUUCUUCAAUCAAGAAACCCAGGAAGAGCAAUGCAGAUCUCUGCCGCGAUAUCCGGGAAUUCGUAUCUGCAGCCAGGCUUCCGGAAGAUCACGUUCCCUCUUUGAAGGAGCUUUCCCAGCAUGGAAGGCAAGACCUUGCAAAUAUUGUUCGGCGGAGGGGAUAUAAACUUGUAAAGGAUCUUCUUGAAACAUCAGCAAAGUCUGACAAAAAGGAGUCUGAUACAGAGCCUGGCUUAAGUAGAAAUCAGGAUUUAAGUGUUGAAUGUGAAUAUGACUCAGCAGGUCUGGAUAAGGAGGUGGAAGAAAUGGAUGACGUGUUCUCGUCGAGUGAGGUUUCCGCCAAGCAAAAUUAUUUAAAUAGUGCAAACGGAGCUAAUAUGGAUUGUGCUGUUAACUCUGAUAGCAACGGAUGCAAGGCUAUAGAGUCUUCAACUAAUUCAUCCUUGCACGAGAAAGUGGAAAAGUUCAUCCAGAAUGGAGAAUUAGAUCCAAUUGAAGAGGAUGGCUUUGGCAUUUUACAUGAGAUUGGUGCAGACAGUGGAAACGAAUUUGUUGAGUUAGAGAAUGUAAAAAAUGAAUGCAGUUCUCUUAGUGAGGAGCGCUCUGACUGGGUGCUUCACAGAGGCGAUACUGCUAAGAUAAUCAACGGAAGUAUCUUAUCACCCAAACAAGUUGUCUUUCCUGUAUCAGGAACCAACACCCCAAGGGAGUACAAUUUGUCAGGGGGAGGACUGGGUGCUGGUUGUGAUGAGGAAUUGGAUGAUCAGACUAUAAAAAGGGAGAACCAAAUUGAAGUUAAUCGCCUCAAGUUCAUGCUGGAUCAGAAGGAGUUGGAAUUGUCUCGGUUGAAGGAACAGAUUGACAAGGAAAAGCUUGCUUUGUCAAUUUUGCAAACUAAGGUAGAAACAGAGAUCAGCAAAGCACAGAAACUUGUCAUGGAGAAAGAUGCCGAAUUGCAUGCUACGGAAGGAAACCUUGCUGGAUUGGUGGAGGUUGAGAUUCAGUAUGAGGGGGAUGGUGAUGCUGUAGAGGUGACGGGUAGCUUCAAUGGUUGGCAUCAUCGUAUUGCGAUGGACCCACAGCCAUCAUCUAGUAUCACAGACCCUAAGAGUUCAAGGAAAUCUAGACUUUGGACAACGGCGUUAUGGCUAUAUCCUGGGAUAUAUGAGAUAAAAUUUGUUGUUGAUGGCAAUUGGAGGAUUGAUCCUCAGCGAGAGUCUGUUACAAAGGGUACGAUAGAAAAUAAUAUUCUCCGUGUUGAUAGAUGAUACAGCUUUGAUGGGUGACAUUUUUUCCAUCUACAUACUUACCAAGAUGCUUAUUCUGAAAGCAUAGUGGACUUUCCACCCUAGCUCAAUGUAAAUUCCCAGACAUAGCACCAUAGUGGUACAUCAUCUAUCUUCUUCUGUCAAUUUGUAAGGAAGACGGGAAGAGUUAUCUGGUUUUUACCGAUUCAUGACUAUGCAAUGAGAGAAGACCAAAACCAGUACCGCGGGCUGUUGAAGAAAAAAACAUGCAGGAUACUGCAGCUUUGAGGUUCACACUGCCGCUGUAAUGAAGAAGUUCAACUCUAAGUCGGCCCUGGCAAUUGUGUAAAGUACUAGCUCGAGUCUUGUCUGGUGUUUCUCCUCAUGUCAUCGGGGAGUAAAAUCAAUGAACUGCUCCCGAGGAACUCCUUUCUGCAGGAAACUAUAGUGCUUGCAUCAGCAUGAUGGGGCUAGGUAAUAAUGUAGGUAAUGAAAUCAGCUGAGAUUGGUUUUGGAAUGCAUUAUGUUAGUUCCUUAUUUUGUAAUUGGCAAGCCCUUGACGCUUCUGUAAUCAAAUUUGUUGAUUGAGUGUUCUCGUUGUAGAUAUAA